AUGGGGGGGCGCGGAGGAGACGCCGGAAGUCGUUGCGGUACGGGUGGCACCGAGGGGGACUCGCAGCCGGCCGCCUCCACCCGCGCGGCAGCCAGAGCCAGGGCCCGAGGGGGUGGGCGUGGCGGCCGCCGAGACACAACCCCCUGUGUUCGCUCAGGCCGCGGGGCGGUGCCGCGUCGCUCCCCUCCACCAGCUGCCAUGAGCGAGCGCCUCCGCCCCAGGAAAAGGAGAAGGAAUGGCAAUGAAGAGGACACCCACCUUCCCCCGCUGACCAAGAGGAGUAGUCGAAGCCCUGUCUUUCAGGAGUCCUGGGACACCGAGAUAGUACCUGUAACGAAAAACAGUAAAGAAAACAGACUAAGAGGAAACAGAGCGUUCUGCGCGUCUUCCAGCAGUGAUGGUGGGGGGAGCAGCAGCAGCAGCAGCAGCAGCAGCAACAUCAGCAGCCCGGACAGGGCCAGCGGGCCAGAGGGCAGCUUGAGCCAGGUCAUCCCCGGAUCCAGCCCCAGCACUCCUCAGCCGGUGCCCGAGCAGUCUGCGCUGUGCCAAGGCCCGUACUUCUGCAUCAACCAGACCCUGAAGGAGGCCCACUUUCACAGCCUCCAGCACCGAGGACGGCCCCCGACAUGAUGCCGGCAGCUUCUUGCCUUCUGUGAAGGGACAGCACUGUGCAGAUCCUGAAUCUCAACUUACGAUUGGUUUUUAAACAUUGCACACAAAAAUGCCUGUUGGCUUCCAGUCUAUAUUUGAAAGAACAGGCCGACAGGCAGUUGUUUACUUGUGGUUUUGCUGCACUAUUGCAAUUUCAAAGGGGCUUUGGAGCAAUUUUUUAUAGAUUCUUAGCAGGGAGGGCAUCAGAUCCAUGUCAAGGUAGCGUAUGUCUGUGGAGGUCUCAUCUGUGUGUUGCAUCCAUAGUGUGUCUGGUGCAGGCUGAUUUCCCAAUCUGUUAAUUAGAAAUUCUACUUUCUGUAAAAGGGCCUUUUAAAAAUGCGGAAUCUUCAAUCUUUUUUAACUCAAUAAACUAGUAAAAAGUAA